AUGGUCACGAAGGGUUUUGUUCAUUCGAUUUUUGGGAACAUUGUCCGAACGCUUCAUAUGGAGACAGAGGUUAUGACCGAGACGCUGGCCCCAAUCCCCUUGGAUUAUCUCAACUACACCUACAUGAAUCGGUACCUAUCAGCUGGGAAAGCCCUCACUCUAGUGGAUGAAGUUAAGCAUGGAGUGUUUCGAGUUUGGGAGAUGGUGUGUGGGGAUUAUUGUUAUUGGAGGGAAUGGGAAGAUCAGAUUGUGUUGGGAAGUUGGAGGAUGAGGGAAAUUCGAGACGUUUGCCGUUGCGAGGAUAAAUAUUUGGUUUAUAUUCAUCCAGUCGGUUGGUUGCAGCAGAUGGAGGUGUUGGUGUUUAAAGGAUCGUCCAUAAACGAACCUUGCAAGGUUUUCUAUGUUGUUAUUGUUACAGGGGAUAUCGGAUGGAUCCAACCAUCAAGUAACAAGGAAGUUAGGAAGGGUUGGUUGGGGAAUGUUAUACAAUUCUUGGUCCAGUUUUGA